ACUGGCACUACCCCUAGUCUCAGUCUUGUCUCCACCGUCGCUGUUGCUAUGUAAUCUCUCUCCACCGAGGCUGCAAUCUGUGACCUCAUUGCCGAUCUCCGCUCCUCUCCGCGGCUGUUGUGCUCUCUGCUCACUCAGUCUCGGUCGCUGCCUCUCUACUCUCUCGCCGCCGUUCUGGAUUUAUAUUUUGUUCCUUUUUGACUCUUGGACGCACAACAUUUCAAAUGCCUAACAACUUGUGAUACGUGCGCUGUGUAAAAGCAUUUGCUACAUCUUUACAGAUUGCAAUUAGGCACCAAAUUUCUAUUAAUUUCACAAAAUGGAGUUGCUGGUUCCACUUGCAUUGCUUGUCAGCGUCUUCCUCGCUUUUCUUCUUUUGUCCCCGCGACAUCCCAAAUCUGGGAGUAAAGGAAAAUCAGCUCAGCCUAGCUUAAACAAUCAUAAGGCAUCAAAGUCGUACACUAAAUCUGAAGUCUCAACGCAUAACAAGAGAACAGAUUGUUGGAUAAUUAUCAAGAACAAGGUAUAUGAUGUUACCUCUUAUGUAGAGGAACAUCCAGGUGGUGAUGCCAUUCUAGCACAUGCUGGAGAUGAUUCAACUGAAGGGUUUUUUGGGCCACAGCAUGCAACUCGAGUGUUUGACAUGAUUGAUGACUUUUACAUUGGAGAUUUGGAGCAAUAGGAGCUAUGUUAUUGAUUUAUGGUUUGUGAUAUUCAAGAGAAAUGUCGUUUGAGAUUUUUCGAUUUUUUAUUGCUUGUUACCCCCAAUGAGCAUAGUGUAGCUGAGAUAGUGAUCGCAUAGUGGCUAGGGGGAGAGGGAAACCUAAGAAGAUUUUGAAUGAGUUGAUAAGAAGAAAUUUGGGCUGAGUUCAAAUGUAAUUCAUGACAGGGCUUAACGGCGUUGUUUUGUCCAUGUAGUUGACCUCAACUAGCAGGACAAGGUUUUGUUGUUUUUGUUGUUAUCCCCUUACAUUUUGCACUUUUUUGCCAAUCAAUUGUCUUUGUUAGUCAUUAA